AAAUUGUCAGUAUCAAGUAUGAAGCUACUCAUUCUGCCUCUAUAACAUCAAUAAUUAUGGGUGACGGCAAUGAAUCUCAGCCCUCGACCUCCUCCUCCAUAGAAUGGUCACAACCAUGCCGUCCCUUCGAAUUCCCUGAGAUUCUCUUAGCAACCAAUAACUUUGAUGAAUCAUUAGUAAUUGGGCAUGGGGGAUUUGGAAAGGUUUAUAAAGGUAACGUUAUCAAUGGAUCAAGUGUUGUUGUUUCUGCCAUUAAACGACUGGAUUCCAUGUCCUCUCAAGGUGCAUCGGAGUUCUGGGCGGAAGUUAAGAUGCUUUCCAAGUUGCGUCACUGUCAUCUCGUGUCUUUGUUUGGUUACUGUAAUCACGACAAAGAGAUGAUCAUCAUCUACGAAUACAUGCCCAAUGGUACACUGGAAGAUCACCGUCAUAAACUGUGUACCCAUCUUUCUUGGAUUCAGCGACUCAAGAUCUGUAUAGGUACAGCUCGUGGGUUAGAUUACUUACACACUGGUACUGGGGUUGAGUUUGGUGUUAUACAUCGUGAUGUCAAGAGCUCUAAUAUCUUGUUAGAUGACAACUGGGCAGCUAAAAUUUCAGACUUUGGGUUGUCAAAAAUCGGCGCAACCAAUCAGCGAUCUACCUAUGUCAAUACACUUGUUAAAGGCACUUUUGGGUACCUCGAUCCAAAUUAUUACACUACUGGAAGGCUUACCAGAAAGUCUGAUGUGUAUUCUUUUGGGGUGGUUUUGUUGGAAGUGUUGUGUCGGAAGCGUGCAGUGGAUAGAAAUCUUGAUGAGGAGCAAUGGGGUUUAGUGUCAUGGGCUCAAGAAUCUAUCAAAGAAGGCAAUUUAAAGAAUAUAAUCGAUUCUGGUAUAAGGGGUCAAAUAUCCCAAAAAUGUUUGAAGGAUUUUAUGCGGAUUACAGAGAGAUGCUUGCACAACAAUCCAAAGCAGCGUCCUACUAUGGCUGAGGUUGUGGUCAGCCUUGAUUCUAUGCUGACCUUACAACAGAAAGUUGAUACUUCCUUGCAGACUGCUGGCAAAAAGAUAUAUGGAAAGAUGAUUAAUAUGUUUCCCUUCCCCUUUCAUGGAGAGAAUUCAGCGCAUGAUGAUUCGACUCUAUCAAGUAAUAGCAAGGACGACAAAGCUGAUUCCACAGUUCCUAUAACUCCAAGUUUGAAAAUAUAUAAGUUUUCUGAUUUGGAAAUGAUUACCAAAAACUUUAGUCAAGAUUCGGUGGUCGAUAGGGAUUGUUUUGGUGAGGUGUACUUAGGUUGGGUUGACGAGAAAACAUUCGCCCCAUCAAAAGAGGGUGUUGGAAUUCUUGUUGCUGUUAAAAACUACAAUGCUGAUGUUUUGCAAUGGAAUGCACGGGCGACCAGGUUUGGACAAUUGGCUCAUCCAAAUAUUAUUAGUGUCUUGGGAUUGUCCGUUGAUGAAAAGUAUUUACUUGUUUAUGAGCACAUGCAAAUGCCAAACAGAAAUUUUAGCCGCUUCUUAUUCGGGGAUGUUGUGGAACCACUUUCAUGGGAAACACGCCUUCUGAUAAUGAUAGGAGUUGCCCGUGGACUCGCUUAUAUGCACUCAUCAAAAGAACAAGUCAUACAUGGUGGUAUUAAAACCUUUAAUAUAUUGUUGGAUGAGAAUUUUAGUGCGAAACUCGGGUAUUUUGGUUUGCCUGAAUUUCACCCUAAAUCCAUGGAAUUGGACGACGAGAUUUCAAAUACAACACGUGACCAAGGGUAUCAACAUAAUGAUAAAAAAGAAGAUGCUACUACAAGUGACAUGGAUAUUCGACGUUAUAUAGACCGAACGACUCAAGGUAAGUUAACUCUCAAGAGUGACAUUUAUAGUCUUGGAGUGGUGUUGUUUGAAACCUUAACAAGCAAACGCUCAUAUUCUGGAUUCACUUUGGUAAAUUGGAUAAAGCCAUUUUUAGAGGACAAAAGCAAGUUAAAGGGUAUAAUAGAUCAUCGUCUUAAUCAAAAUUAUCCAUUAGAAGGUGCUUUUGAAUGCCUUGUACUGGCAACAAAAUGUGUAGCCAAAGAUCCUAAUGAUAGGCCUUCAAGCGAAGAAGUUUUGAAGAGUUUGGAACAAAUAUAUUUUGAUAACAAAUAAUGUAUAAAAGAUAUAGCGUUUUACUUGUGUAAAUUUAAUGCUCAUUCAAGAAAGUUAAAAUG